UUAACACAAUGUUGUAGUUGGUCUAGUGGUUAAACACUAACCUGGCCGAGCAAGGGUAGCAGGUUCGAUUCGGUAGGAUUGAUUUUAUUAUUUUUUUGCCAUGGUUUCCCGGGUUUGUUUUGGCCAAAAAUUAAAACACCCGCUCCCUCUACUUUUCACUUUCACAUUCAUCUCUCCCAACUCUUUCACUCUCAGACCUCUCUCCCUCUCCACUUACUUUUCUCUCCUUGUUGCUCUCAAACACUCUUUCACAAAUCUCUCACCCUGUAAGUGCUUCCCUCUCUCUCUCUCUCUCUCUCUCUCUCUCUCUCUCGAUUCUCCAUCUCUCUAUCUCCGUCUCUCUCUGCUAUGCUCAUUCUGGGGUUUAUAAAUGUGUUUAUAUGUACUGUAUACCAUUAUUAUGCUCGUGUCUCUCCGUGUAUCUCUCUCUGUAUGCUUCUCCGGGUUUUGUAUCUCUCUAUAUGGGUUAGGGUUUAAUUUUUUUUGUGGCUCAAAUUUGUUUUAAUCUGGUUUAAACUGAUAUGGGUUGGUUUUCGAGAUAGGAAGACUAGGGAGUUCACGUCUUCGAGGGCUGAUGAACCCGAUAAUUAGGGUUUGAGUUGAGUGGUGUGGCCGAUUUUGAUAAUUGGGGGAAGAAGGAAGAGGAAGGGAUGAAGUUUGGUGCUUUUGAUAGUUUGAGGGAGAGGAGAGGGGGUGGGUUUGAGAGAGACGAGAGUUGGGGGAAGAAGAAGGAGGAUGUGGGAAGUGUUAGGCCUAAGCUUAAUUUGCAGCCGAGGAAGGUGCCCAUUGGUGAGGAGGUGCAGAAUGGCGGUGUUGUUAAGCCAAAAGGGUUGAAUCCUUUUGGUGAUGCUAGGCCUAGGGAGGAGGUCUUGAGGGAAAAGGGACAGGAUUGGAAGGAGGUUGAUAAAAAGUUGGAGUCUUUGAAGUUGAAGGAAAAUGAGGCAAUAAGUGAUGGACCUGGUUUUGGGAAGAGAAGUUUUGGUAGUGGGAAUGGGCAGAGUGGUGGAAAUGGUGAUAGGUCGGAGAGGAGCUGGAGGAAGCCUGUUGAUGUGGAUGUUCAUCCGCAGAGGCAAUUGUGGAGGCAACUAAGGAUGUCAUUGAUGGUGAGAGUUCGGAGAAUGGCAUUGAUGGGGAUGAUGAUGGUGAUGAUGAUGGUGAUGGCGAUCAGGAUGAUUGAAAUGAAUCUACCUAGCUAGAUGCAUUAUUGGUAGGGAUGUUGAUUUUGUUAAAAUAUUGGUUUUGUUAACCGAGACCAAACUUAUAACUUUUCUUAUUCAGUUGUAACGUAUAUUUGCAUGGUUUCAGUUAUUUUGUUGAAAGAAUUUGUAAAUAUAUGAAUGCUUGUUGGCUUUUAAAUUGUGUCGUACUGAAUU